UAUGCCUUUGAGUACCUUAUUGAAACAUUGAAUGACAGUUCGCAUAAGAAGUUCUUCAAUGUACCUAGACUUGGAGGCACCAAGUAUGAUGUUCUGCCUUACUCAAUACGGGUCCUGUUGGAAGCUGCUGUGCGGAACUGUGAUGGCUUUUUAAUGAAAAAGGAAGAUGUCAUGAACAUUUUAGACUGGAAAACCAAACAAAGCAAUGUUGAAGUGCCCUUUUUCCCUGCCCGUGUUCUUCUUCAAGAUUUUACUGGAAUACCAGCAAUGGUGGAUUUUGCUGCUAUGAGGGAGGCAGUGAAAAUUCUUGGAGGUGACCCGAAGAAGGUCCACCCUGCCUGCCCGACAGAUCUCACAGUUGACCAUUCUUUACAGAUUGACUUCAGUAAAUGUGCAAUACAGAAUGCUCCAAAUCCUGGAGGUGGUGACCUGCAGAAAGCAGGAAAGCUCUCUCCACUCCGAGCACAGCCCAAGAAGCUCCCCUGCAGGGGCCAGACCACCUGCCGAGGAUCGUGUGAUUCUGGAGAGCUGGGCCGAAACUCAGGAAAAUUGUCUUCGCAGAUUGAGAACACACCCAUUCUCUGUCCUUUUCAUUUGCAACCAGUGCCUGAACCUGAAACAGUGUUAAAAAACCAAGAAGUAGAAUUUGGCAGAAAUCGAGAGAGGCUUCAAUUUUUUAAGUGGAGUUCAAGAGUUUUUAAGAACGUGGCCGUAAUCCCUCCUGGAACUGGAAUGGCUCAUCAAGUAAACUUAGAGUAUUUGUCGAGAGUGGUUUUUGAAGAAGACGACCUCCUCUUCCCAGACAGUGUGGUUGGCACCGAUUCUCACAUAACCAUGGUGAAUGGCUUGGGCAUUCUGGGGUGGGGGGUUGGAGGCAUUGAAACCGAAGCAGUCAUGCUGGGCCUGCCGGUCUCUCUUACUCUGCCGGAGGUGGUUGGGUGUGAGUUGACGGGCUCAUCCAACCCUUUUGUCACAUCCAUAGAUGUCGUGCUUGGCAUUACAAAGCACCUCCGGCAAGUAGGAGUGGCUGGAAAGUUUGUUGAGUUUUUUGGAAGUGGAGUUUCACAGUUAUCUAUAGUGGAUCGGACCACAAUAGCAAACAUGUGUCCAGAAUAUGGUGCUGUCCUCAGCUUUUUCCCUGUUGACAAUGUGACGUUAAAACAUUUAGAACAUACAGGUUUUGACAAAGCCAAACUCGAGUCAAUGGAAACAUACCUUAAAGCUGUGAAAUUGUUUCGACAUGACCAGGAUAAUUCAGGAGAACCCGCGUACUCCCAGGUGAUCCGGAUUCAACUGAAUUCAAUAGUUGCAUCUGUCAGCGGUCCAAAGAGACCUCAGGAUAGAGUUGCUGUGACGGACAUGAAACGUGAUUUCCAAGCUUGCUUGAAUGAAAAGGUGGGAUUUAAAGGCUUCCAGAUUGCGGCCGAGAAGCAGAAGGAGAACGUCUCUAUUCAUUACGGAGGAAGUGAGUACCAGCUGUCCCACGGGUCUGUGGUCAUGGCCGCGGUCACCAGCUGCACCAACAACUGCAAUCCGUCCGUCAUGUUGGCCGCAGGUCUUCUGGCCAAGAAGGCCGUGGACGCCGGUCUGCAGGUUAAGCCAUACAUAAGAACAAGUUUAUCUCCAGGCAGUGGGAUGGUGACCCAUUACCUCAGUUCCAGCGGCGUGUUACCGUAUCUCAGUCAGCUCGGAUUCGAAAUAGUUGGCUAUGGCUGUUCAACCUGCGUGGGAAACACAGCACCCUUGUCAGAAGCAGUUCUGAAUGCAGUCAAACAGGGUGAUUUGGUUACUUGUGGAGUCUUAUCUGGAAACAAAAAUUUUGAAGGUCGUCUUUGUGACUGUGUUCGUGCCAAUUACCUUGCCUCCCCCCCGUUGGUGGUAGCUUACGCCAUAGCGGGCACCGUGAACAUAGACUUCCAGACGGAGCCUUUAGGCACCGACGCUGCUGGCAAGAACAUUUACCUGCAGGACAUCUGGCCCAGCCGCGAGGAGGUCCAUCAGAUGGAGGAAGAGCGUGUCAUACUGUCCAUGUUUAAAGCACUGAAAGAGAAAAUGGAGAUGGGAAAUAAGCGUUGGAAUUCCCUAGAAGCACCGGAUUCUGUGUUGUUUCCGUGGGACUUAAAGUCCACGUACAUCAGAUGUCCUUCAUUUUUUGAUAAGCUUACCAAAGAGCCAGUUGCCCUGCAGCCCAUUGAAAAUGCGCAUGUCCUCCUGUAUCUGGGGGACUCGGUCACCACAGACCACAUAUCGCCCGCGGGGAGCAUCGCCAGGAGCAGCGCCGCGGCCAAGUACUUGACAAACAGAGGCCUUACUCCUCGUGAGUUCAACUCCUACGGGGCCCGCAGAGGCAACGACGCUGUGAUGACAAGAGGCACGUUCGCGAAUAUCAAGCUGUUUAAUAAGUUCCUUGGAAAACCAGCUCCCAAAACAAUCCAUUUCCCGUCAGGCCAGACGCUGGAUGUGUCUGAGGCCGCAGAGCUGUACCAGAAGGAAGGGGUCCCGCUGAUCAUCUUAGCAGGGAAAAAGUACGGUUCUGGGAAUUCCAGAGACUGGGCUGCCAAAGGACCGUAUCUGCUGGGUGUGAAAGCUGUUUUGGCUGAAAGUUACGAAAAAAUUCACAAAGAUCAUUUGAUUGGAAUUGGCAUAGCUCCACUUCAGUUCCUUCCGGGAGAAAAUGCAGAUUCCCUGGGCCUCUCCGGCAGAGAAACGUUUUCUUUAGCGUUUCCUGAAGAACUGUCUCCUGGAGUUACAUUAACUAUAAAGACAAACACUGGGAAAGUAUUCAGCGCGAUUGCUUCGUUUGAAAAUGACGUGGAAGUAACGUUGUACAAACAUGGAGGAUUAUUAAACUUUGUGGCACGAAAAUUCUCAUAGUAUCUACUCCACACGGAUACCCUUUGAGAACUGGUAACUGCGAGUAACGCCUUUUGUGCUGGAUCCAGGGAACCUCGCCCUGGAGCUGCAGACGGUCCCGUGCGCUCACCGAUCUCACCAUGGGUGUAAAUGAUUAUGAAUCAACAUAGUGACUGAAAUGAAAUCUUUCUGAUUUUAAAUAAUCUACGAAUGGUGCUAUUAACAUUGCUCAAAUCAGCGUGUGAGGUGUGCUGUGGGAGAGGCCUGUAAGUACGGGGUAUUUUAACAGACCAUUUUGUAAAUAAAGGCAGAAUUUGAACUUGUGUUGAAGAUUCUUACAUGAAUAAUCUUCCUGAAGUUGUCUGUUUGGUUUCGCACCCAUAAAACUGUGUACUACUGUUUGUUGGUUUAAGACUAGCAGGUUGGAAUGUAAGAAGCCAGAUUAGGCUCUAAAAUUGUGGAAGUUGGAAUCUCAUUUACAAACGGACUUUCAGACCUGAGCUGGACUUGGUUGGCAUUCACAGUUUGUAGUAUAAGCCGGGGUCAUCCUAGUGUCCGUCUGACUGUGGGGGCUCGACGCUGCCCCAGACACAGUCCUUGUGUCCCGUCUGGCCCAGGCCCCUCCACAUGCGACCUGGGGCUUCGGUCGCGCGACGUCUGAACAGUGAACAUACACAGCCCCACCGUGUUCGGUAAUUUGCUCCUGUGCCCACUGGCCAGCCUCAGAUGGUAUUCUAGCAAUUGGAUUCGAGCAUUUUGCUCACUUGAUGUGAUACCAUUACUUCCUGUAACCUAUUAUUUUAGGUAUUGUUAACCCAAAUUCCACACUUUCGUAGUUGCUAAAGAGAACUUAAUCUCAAAUGCUAAAAUGAUUUCCACUAGACUUUUAAAUUAUCCACCCUAGAUUAUAUGGUUGCUGCUCAAUUCUAAGCAUUUUUUUAAAUGUUAGUUAUUUCUUAAUUAUUUAAAAGUUGUUUUUCCGUCAUUUUGAGUCCUUAUUUUACCUGGGAUGCAUGAUUCUAUUAAUUAUGUUUCUGUUUUAACCAAAGCUAUCAGGAUAAAACACUUAAAUUGUUGCUGUCUGGAUAUCCUACUUUCUCCACACACACGUCUAUUCUGUCAACAAGACGUUUGGCGACUUUUAAGAAAAAGGUUGGAUAAUUAAUUCCAGAAAGUUCUAUGCCUUUUUUUAAAUUAAGAAAUUAAACUUAGCAAAAGGUUAAUUGUAGAGAUUUUCUUUCACGUGGAGGUCUUCCUCUGACCCAGUUGGUUUGCUGCGGCUCGGUCAUCCCACGUCCCGCACAGAAGGAAGGACUGUGUUCUGCUGAAUUUUAGCCAAAACUACUAGAGUGGGAGGUGCAGACCGCUGAGAACUUGGCACAGAAGCACUCACACAAUCUCAGUCUUCUGAAAAUAGUCUGCAAAUCUGUGUUCAGACAAUCACGUGGACUGGAGUCUGAGAAAAUGAUUUCCCUUCUUUAUUUAAAUUUUUCAAAACUGUUUUCUGUGGUACUUUCAUGCUGUGUUCUUGAUACGUUGUUUCGCCCGUGUAUCUGUCCAUGCGUGUGUUUAAUUUACAUGAAAACAUGAAUUAGGGGGAGUGACGAGUCGAAUGUUAACGUCCCUGUUGCAUGCUUGGAGGCGGUGUCCUCAGACCGUCUGCGUGGGGACACGUCUGUGUCAUCCGUGGCCAUGGGCGGAGGCGUGGCCGUGGGCAGGGGUCCAACGGCCCGGGCUGGUGCCGGUUGGCGCUCUGAGCGGAGCCUUUGCGUUUCCCCUCUGCCUAGUCGGGCACCAGGACAGGCAGACCUCAGACCACACAGCGGAGCAGGGAGCCUGGCGAGCGUGGCCAGUGUCGGAGAGGAGAGUCUGGGUGUGCGCCCCGGUGUGCGCCGUACGCUCCUGCCCCUGGCCAAGCGCUCUGUGUGCAGAGGUGACAUCUCAUGCUUUCAUUGGUUUACCGCCUUUGUUGACUGUGUCUGGGUCAUUUGGUGUUUAAAAAGAUGCACAAUAUUGUGGAAAGGAAGAACAGCAGGCACGAGAGAGAAGUAAACGAGUGCUGUGAUUCAGAGUACGGCUCCAGAAGCAUUCGCAAGAGCAGCACUUUUUUCAUCUUGAAAAACGCUGCCGCCUGCCGUUGCCAUGUUUCCUGCCUUCUGGUGUUGCUGCUCCUGGACAACCAGACUAGAGGGCCUUCUGCCCAGCCGCCGCGUUGCGUUAUCACAGCUGAACGUGUCCGAGGCGACGGUGGUCGUCGGUUUCUGAACGAGAGGGCAUCACAGUCACCGUGGCCGGACUGCUCAGCGCGUGGCGGGGCAUCGCCUUACCGGUUCCGCGGGAAGAGUGUGUCCAGCGCCGAUGUCGUCGGCAUACGGGGGCCGUGGCGAGCGCGUUCGCCUUCUCGAAGGGGGGUGACAGGAGGAGGGGACGCGAUUGCACUGAUGUUUUUCUGUCGUUGUGUUAGAAGACAUCUGUCUUUGCCUUUAGGUUUAGGAGAAGGUGCUCCGAUCCUGGAUGUUGACUUGGAGGAAUAAAGCGGGGAGCAGACAGACUUAGGCUUUUUCCCCUGAGGUGUGAUAGUGCUGAUGUUUCUAUCAAUUUUACAUAUAAUAUAUGACUAUGAACCCAUGUAUCUCAAGUAACUAGAAAUCAUUGUCCAUUAUUUAAAGCCAACAAAACAGUGUAACAGUUUUAAGUUCAAUAGUGUUAAGUAUUGUAUAAAAAUAUAUUGGAGGCAAAGUUCAGUUGAUGACAAUUGUGUAUAUGUUAUUGAUGCUGUAAAUUAUUUUUAAUAAAGAAAAUUGUAUUAUCACAUAUCUCUUGUUAUAAAAUAUUUUGUGGUGAUUGAAAAUAAAACACCAUAACUUAAAUAG